CCCCGCCCCGCAUCCCGCCCCGCUCCGCCAUUGGGCGCCGUGCGGUUCCGGGUCGCGCUCUGAAGAUGGCGGCUCCCAUGGAGCUGUUCUGCUGGGCCGGGGGCUGGGGGCUGCCCUCGGUGGACCCCGACUGCCUCGCGGUGCUGACCUACGCGCGUUUCACGGGAGCCCCGCUGAAGGUUCACCGCGUCAGCAGCCCCUGGAGGAGCCCGUCCGGUACCGGCAGCGCCGCCAGACCCACAGCGACCCAUAGCGCGACCCAUAGCGACCCACAGCGCGACCCACAGCGCGACCCAUAGCGUGACCCAUAGCGACCCACAGCGUGACCCACAGCGCGACCCAUAGUGACCCACAGCGCGACCCAUAGCGCGACCCGUAGCGUGACCCAUAGCGACCCACAGCGCGACCCACAGCGCGACCCAUAGCGCGACCCAUAGCGUGACCCAUAGCGACCCACAGCGCGACCCACAGCGCGACCCAUAGCGACCCACACCACGACCCAUAGUGCGACCCACAGCGCAACCCAUAGCGACCCACAGCGUGACCCAUAGCACGACCCAUAGUGACCCAUAGCGCGACCCAUAGCGCGACCCACAGCGCGACCCACAGUGCGACCCAUAGCGACCCAUAGCGCAACCCAUAGUGACCCAUAGUGCGACCCAUAGUGACCCACAGCGCGACCCACAGCGCGACCCAUAGCGCAACCCAUAGUGUGACCCAUAGCGACCCACAGCGCGACCCAUAGCGACCCACACCGCGACCCAUAGCGACCCAUAGCACGACCCAUAGCGACCCACAGCGCGACCCAUAGCG